AUGGCGGCGGUGCCGGCCGGUCGCCGCUCCGGGCCUGCAGCGGGCGCCCGCUUCUUCUGCACCGCGGGCCGCGGCCUGGAGCCCUUCCUGAUACGGGAGGUUCAACCUAGGCAGGCUGGGACCUGGGUUGAAUAUAUUUCAGGAAAAGUUUUUUUCACCACCUGUUCUGACUUGAAUAUGCUGAAAAAAUUAAAAUCUGCAGAAAGGUUAUUUUUGCUGAUUAAAAAGCAGCUUCCAUUUAAUGUUUCUUUAAGUAAAGGAAAAAUAUUUAAUGAAAUGCAGAGACUCACAAAUGAUGAUCCUGAAAGCUGGUUGAAUGCCAUUUCAAUUUGGAAAAAUCUCCUUGAACUUGAUGCAAAAAAGGUAAAACUUUCUCAAAAAAAUGCUAACCCACUAAAACGAAAAGUGGGAGAAAAUGACAUCAUCGCUAAGAAAUUGAAAACAGCACAAAUGCAAGAGAUCCAAGAGAGUAAGGAAUGCCAAAUGGAAAAACAAAUAGAAGAAGAAACACCGGAGCAAGGAAGUUUUACCACUAAAAGAGACAAAUCUCAAGAACUUCAGAACGAUGUAGCAGAAGCAGUUGAUACUCAUAACCAGAACGACUUAACUUUCAGAGUUUCCUGUCGCUGCAGUGGAGCCAUUGCAAAGACCUUUACUGCACAGGAGGUAGGAAGAGUAAUUGGAAUUGCUCUCAUGAAACAGUUUGGAUGGAAAGCAGAUUUGAGGAAUCCAAAUUUAGAGAUCUUUAUACAUCUAAGUGACAUUUACUCUGUGGUGGGAAUUCCUGUGUUCAGGGUUCCUUUAGCCAGCAGAGCUUACAUCAAGACAGCAGGACUGAGAUCUACCAUAGCGUGGGCAAUGGCCUCUCUCGCAGAAAUUAAGGCUGGUGCAGUUGUUCUAGAUCCAAUGUGUGGACUUGGAACAAUACUUUUGGAAGCUGCUAAAGAAUGGCCAGAUGUGUAUUACGUGGGUGCUGAUGUCAGUGACUCACAGUUACUAGGUGCAUGUGACAAUCUGAAAGCUGCAGGCCUUAAGGAUAAAAUUGAGUUACUUAAAGUCUCUGUGAUAGAAUUGCCAUUGCCUCCAGAAAGUGUCGAUGUUAUUAUUUCCGAUAUUCCAUUUGGGAAAAAGUUUAAGUUAGGAAAAGACAUCAAACACAUUAUACAAGAAAUGGAAAGAGUGCUUCGUGUUGGCGGGACCAUCGUGUUGUUGCUUAGCAAAGAUCACCACAGGCGCCUUAAAGGUUGUGAAGAGAGCAGCGUCCCUCUGAAUUCCAAGGGCAGCCGCACAGAUAAACCUGGAAGCACAGAGUGCUUGAAUCCUGAAGAAAAAGCUGCCGUACCAGAGCCAGCGUCAUCUUCAUUUGCAGCCAGCAACCAGGAGUGCUUGGACAGAAUGCCACCAUUCGGCUCUUUGGUGCCAGUGGAAUGCUACAGAGUUAGCCUUGGAAAAACAGAUGCGCUCAUAUACAAAUAUAAGAAGUCGCACUCCCCUGGGCAAUAG